UGGAGAGUUCGCAGAAAUGUCGAGAUUUCAAAAACGAAGAGCUAUAGAUUCGUAUAAGGACGCGAGCUUCGCAGUUGUUUUGCUUCACGUGUUAUGUUCCUGUUGUGGUGGUUUUAUGAACUUGAAAAUUUAUUUAAUUUUUAAUUUUUAUCAUUAAAAAUGCAAAAUAUGUCGAGGUUUUGUAUUAUUUUCUGCGGCGUGUUUACAUUGACCCAAGAUGCUUAUUCGAUUAUUGUCACAUGUAAUUCUACUAGGUUUGUUCAUGCGUUACCAAAUUUCAUAGAUUCGGUAAAACUGGGAAGAAAACCAGUAGGCAUCAAGAUGCACUACUGUACCCAAUCCGAACAGCAUUGCGUACUGCUCUCCGAAUGUUCCAAUUCAAGAUCUCUUAUCACCAGUAAACAAGCUGAACUAUGUGGUUUCCAUGAUGAAAUUAAUGAAAACCAGAAGAUAUGCUGCAAUUCGACAAAUAUCGUCAAAAACAGGAAUUCCGCAGCAGUAGUUUUGCAAAAAUGCCGAGAGUAUAGCAAAUAUCGAUAUGAGCAAAAAGGGAAAGCAGAUGAACCAUCAUUGACUGCCAGAAUUAGAGGAGGAACCCCAACUCAAGUCAGGGAAUAUCCUCACAUGGCUCUCAUAGGAUACGAAGUAAGAAUAGACCGCGGCCCCUACAGCCGUACCUUAAUUCAGUGGAAUUGCGGUGGCAGUUUAAUCAGCGAAAAUUUCGUCAUGAGUGCUGCGCAUUGUGUUCACGAAUUACAGGAUGCUGACGGUCCACCACAAUGGGUUUUACUCGGAGAGUUGGACAAACCUGCAACCUGGUCACCAUUCUAUCCAUACUAUGAGUACUGGGGCGAUUCUUCAGGCGUAGAAAACCCCAAAUACAACGAGUCGGCGUACUAUAGAAUAAUCAAAAUUCACGAGCACCCAAAUUACAAUACAUCGUCACUCUACAACAAUAUUGUACUUUUCGAGUUGAAUACUACCGUCAGAUUCAGCCCUCGUGUAAGGCCUGCUUGCCUGUAUACUUCAACCACUGAUUUACCCAUCAAUACUAAAGCAAUCAUUACCGGCUGGGGAGCAAACGACACAGCCGACGAUACUAACAGUAGGAUACAUGAAGCGACGACAACCAUUGUUGAUCCUGAAAAUUGCGAUACUUCAUAUCCACCGAAUAGUAUCUACAAUAGGAUUAUGUACGAUCCAAAAACCAUGAUUUGUGCUGAAGACUUUGACAAUGGCACGAAUGCAUGUGAGGGUGACACCGGAGGACCGCUGCAGAUCUCGAUGCCAGAACGAGCCGGCAUGUGGAAUAUUAUAGGAGUGAUAUCUUUUAGCCCAUGUCUUAGUCAUGGUGGAAGUUGGGAAGAUCCGUCACUUUAUACCAAAGUGUCACACUAUCUGGAUUGGAUCCAGAGUAUAGUUUGGCCUUGACAGUGGCCAUUUUAAUAACGUUUGUAGGUACCGCGGUCUGAGAAAAUACAAAUUCGACACGUU